UACAGGGAACAUGACUGAAAUGGUGGCAGUGUGAUAAAGGUCUAUUGAAAACAUGAACACAAGAAAAAGACUGGCAGUCCAACACCCCUUUAGGACUGCAUCAGUCGACUGUGUCAAAAGAAGCGUCUGGUACCGGUCUCAAUUUCCACACAUCUCCCCAUGGUCUGCCACCAGCCCACUGAGUGAAGGGUCAAUCUUUUCAAACAGUUGGACAUGUGUACCAGUUUAGUCUCAGGCUUCAACAUGAAAUCAAUUGGCUUCACUCUCCUUUGAAAAUUGAAUUUGAGACUUCAAACUUGGCUGGUGAAAUACCAAGGACCUUGGCUUUACCUCAUGAACAGUUUGGAGAAUUUUGUCGGCUAAAGAAUUUGACUGGAAAAUCUACCCGACAGAGCACUACUCUAGUAGGCAUGGGGAUAGGUGCUGGCAAAGCUAUUGAUGGUGACGUCAGCUCAUACUCACACACGGUACUUAAUGAUCCGCAUCCGUGGUGGAUUUUGGACUUGGGUAGCGACCACUGCAUUGGAAAUAUCACCGUCGCUCUUCGGGACGAUUGCUGCCGCGGUAGGUACCCGUUUUAUGCCGCAGUAGCUCGAGCAGGCAUGAACGCCAACUAUUCCGAAAAUCCACCAUGUGGGGUACCAGCUACACGUGACCAGGCCGGUCAGGCAGCAGUGAGCACGUUUGUUUGUGACGCACCACGCGUGGCCAGUCACGUCAGCUUCGAUAUCGAUCCCUCCACUCCUGGUGUCACUGAAGUUGCUCUCAUGCUGGCGGAGGUCACCGUGGAGGAAUAUACAAACGGCGAAUGUGACACUCCUAAAGCUCCUCCGACAAUCUCAGCCUCAUCUCCCGAGCAGGUGGACAAGAUCAAGUCGGCAGGCUUUGUCCUGAUGUACAAGGGAGCCAGGCUGAUCGGGAAAACCGACCCACUAUCGACCCUCGUGGCGAAAUAUCUGGAGCAAUGCGCCGCUAGCUGCUUCAAGCAUACCGAGUGCGUGUCCUUCGACUAUGCGCCUGCAACCGGACAGUGUGAUCUGUACAACGUGGACGCGCGAGACAUGGACAAGAUUCUUAACGACCAAUUCAUGAUAUACGCACACAUGAAAUAAAUUUUAUUCGGCCUAAUAAUGGUUAAUUAUUUUCUAAAGUUUAAAACAAAAGGGCACUUGAGAAAAAAAGGCACUCGUGAAAAAGGGGGCUCGUGAAAAAGAGGGCAUUCGUGAAAAUAAGGAAUUCGUGAAAAUGAUCACUCGAGAAAAAAGGGCACUAGUGAAAAAGGGCACACGUGAAAAACGGAAUUCGUUACAAAAUAUUGGGGCUGGGGCGGGGAGGGGGUUAAAUACGCCAAUGGGAAAUUUAAAUUGCUGUUCUUGUAUAUAAAUGUUAAAAUCGAAAAUUAGCUGCUGGGAUGGGGUGGUUUGUGCGAAUGUAUAUUUAAAUGACUUCGUUUAAGGGAGAAGCUUUUCAAUUUGUCUAAAAAAUUAGUGUACAACUCAGGCGCGGUUUCACGGGGGGGGGGCAUA